AUGAAUAGUGACAGCGAAGAGGACUUCGAAGCCACUUACGAAGCCGGCGACGAAGAUGAGGAUGGUGAUGUGGGAGUUGAGACAGCAGCUGAUAAUGUAGUGGUUCACCCCUCGAUCAGUCAACCGAUGAACGUGCCACCUUUUAUGCGUGAGUUGGAUCUCGACGCCAUGCAUGCACCGGAGUUUCCGGAAUAUUCAAACAUAGGCAUUGCUGAUCCCGAGGACGGAGAGUUCCAGAUUGGAAUGGAAUAUAGUUCUAGAAAGUCGGUCGUGGCAGCAAUUAGAAGUUACACUAUCGCUAGAGGAGUUGACUACGACAUGUAUGAGUAUGAGCCACAGACGUUCUAUGCAAAAUGCAAGAUGUAUGGGCGUGGGUGCGACUGGCUUAUCCGAGCCAGCUUGAUACGGAAAAAGGAUCAUUCCAAGUUGGACUCGGAUACAAUUGCUGAGGCUAUAAGGCCAUUGGUCGAGACUGACCCGUCCAUAAAAGUAAAAUCUAUAAUAGCCGAAGUCCAGUCAAGGUUCAACUAUACCAUCAGUUACCGAAAGGCUUGGUUGGCAAAGCAAAAGUCCAUAGCGAAAGUUUUCGGUGAUUGGGAGGAGAGUUUCCAAGCCUUGCCGUGGUGGCUCUCGGUUAUGGUUCAGAAGAUGACUGGGUCAGUUGUCCAGAUAGAAACACGCCCACUCUACAAUGGGAAUGAAGAGGCACAAAGGGUAAAAAUACUUCAUCGCGUAUUUUGGAGUUUCAAUCCAUGCGUUAGGGCAUUCAGGCAUUGCAAGCCCCUAGUUCAGGUUAACGAAACACACCUAUAUGGAAAGUACAAAGGUACACUUCUGGUCGCUGUUGCACAGGAUGGGAACCAGAACAUUGUGUCUAUCGCUUUUGCCUUGGUGGAAGGGGAGGCAGCUGAUGCGUGGCACUUCUUUCUAAGGAAUCUGCGAAUGCAUGUUGUCAGAAAAGAUGGUGUGGGUAUGAUCUUGGACCGGCAUGAGUCAAUUCGGGCAGCAGUAAAUCGUUCCGGAGGUGACUGGCAACCUCCAAGAGCAUGGUGGAUGUUUUGUAUAAGGCACAUCGGCAGCAACUUCCUACGAGCAUUCAAAGUCCCUCACUUGCAAAAGCUUGUGGUCAACAUUGGGUAUUCAAGAACGAUGGAGGAGUAUAACAUCAACUAUAAGAGGUUGGAAGAGCGAGGCGAGGCAUAUGCUAGGUGGUGUGAUGCCAUUGGACUUAGACAUUGGUAUUGGCAUUCGACGAGGGACAUCGAUGGGGCCAUAUGA